ACGCAUUUUCCCGCCAAAAUCGUAAAAACAUGUUUUCCCGCCAAAACCGCAAAAACGCAUUUUCCCGCCAAAACUGGGAAAAUUCACUUUCCCGCAAAAAUGUUAUUUUCCGCCUAAACCACAAAAAACAUUUUAUCAUUUUGAUCAACUUGGUCAUAACUUAAAAAUAAUUUAUUAUAAAGAUAUUGGGUUCAUGGGUCAACCAUUAACCCAUCUAACCUUUUUAAUUUAAUGGGUCAUGGGUCAACCCAACCUAUUUAAUAAAUGGGUUGGGUUGACCCAUGACUCAUUAACAGUAAACCCAUUUGGAUUUUGGGUUGGGUUGACCCAUUUGACCCAUUUUGACACCCCUAUAUAUAUGUAUAACUAUCGCACGUCAUUGUAAAACAUUUAUGAGUACAAAUCAAAGUUAAACAUUAUGCAUAUUUACAAUAGUUUAUUAAUAGUUUACAUGCAUCAAAAUAUAUAUAUAUAAUGUCUUAAAAUUAAAAAUUAUGUUUUAUAAAGUACAUAAAUAUAUAUAUAUAUAUAUAUAUUAAACAAUAUUUAUAGAUAUAUAAAUAUACACAAAUUUAUUGGUUGUCUAAGAUCACUCAUAUUACAUGAGUGCAAAAUCAAAUUUGUGACUCUUUAUCUAGAAUUACGAGGUCUUUGUAUAGAAAGCUUUGCUUUAUUGAUUGUUUUAUUCUGGUCUGAUUACCUAAAUCACUUCAAGUUUGAGUAAUAGAAUAGCCGUUUGUUGUAAAAAAAAAAAUAUACACAAAUAAAUUGCUAAGAAAUAAUUAUUUUAAAGUCUACAAUUUUAACAUAAAUAUUUAAAAAAAUAUUAUAAAUACUUUUUAUAUAAGUCAAUUAUAUUUUAGUUUAAAAAGUAUAAUAAAAACUAAAAUAAAUUAUUAAUACAGAUUCAUACCGUAUCGUACCCUAACAAACAUAUUUUAAAUUUAUUUCCCUUCUUUUUCCUGAUACGUCUAACUAACGUAUCUUCUUCUCCAAUUAAAUAGUAUUAUCAAACAACAUUUUCUUUAAUUAUUUUGCUCAAUCCUCAAGACCACAAUAAUUUUCAACUUUACAACAAAGCUCUGACCUUGUUCUUCCAAAGUGUAAUCGAAUGCCAUAUCACAAAAUCCCAGGAGAUCAGAUCUUGCUGUUUCAGAAUCAUCAAAAGACAAUCUCUUAAAGCAAUAUUCUAUCAAUUAGGACCACCAAAGCUAUUAGAUGGACGAUUGUCGGGAGAAGAGAAGACGGUGUACGAAACUGAGAGUAAGUACUGAUAAUAACGACAUGGAGAAGAUGAUGCAUAGAGAAAUCGAGAGACAAAGAAGACAAGAAAUGGCUUCUCUUUAUGCUUCUCUUCGUUCCCUUCUCCCUCUUCACUUCAUUCAGGGUAAGCGUUCCACAUCUGAUCAAGUGAAUGAGGCUGCGAACUACAUAACGUAUCUGCAUAAGAAGAUCAAGGAACUGAGUUCAAAGAGAGAUGAGCUCAUGUUACUCUCUAGAGGAAGCUUCUCUGAUGAUUCUAAGGAUGAGAUGAAGAUGAUGAAUCAUGUGGUGGUUCGUCACUGUUUGGCGGGUCUGGAAAUAGUGUUUAGCAGCCGCUGCUAUGGUGGCCAACCACGGCUUUCUAGUGUUCUUCAAGUACUUAGUGAAAAUGGUCUCUGCCUUCUUAACGCCAUCUACUCUAUUGUUGAUGACAGGGUUAUUUACACCAUACAAGCUGAGGUCAACGAUAUGACUUUGAUAGACUUCAGAAAACUUGAAGAGAGCUUAAUCAGAAUGAAGUAAUAAAAUGGUUGUUGAGUAUGUUUUUAAUUUGGUGAUGUUUGUUUGUCCAUGUGUCAUCUUCAUUGAGAUGUCAUUUAUAAGAUCUGUCCAAAUGAUUCCAUCUAAAUGUUAUUCGGCACUUUUCGUUUGUUUAUUUAUAUUUUUAUCUAGAUGAAUUUGGUAAACAAAUGACUUAUAUAUCUUUUUUUUAUUUAAUCAUAUUUUAGCAUUGUUUACCUAUAUUAAUUUUAUUAAUUAUCUAAAAUAUAAUUAUUUUAAAAAUGGUUUUGGCAGGAGAUAUAAUUUUUUUUUCUAACGGAAAAUUAUUUUUUGUAAUUUUAAUGAGAAACUAUUUUGUGGUUUUGGUGGAAAAUGUACUUUUUGCGCUUUGGCGAGAAAGUGUGUUUUUCCAGUUUUUGCAGAUAAAGGAUUUUUGUUUUUUCAGUGAGAAAUUUUUUUUGCGUUGUUAUAGCGGGAAAAUACAUUUCUGCGGUUAUGGGGGAAAAUGGGUUCUUUGGUUUUGGCGGGAAGUGCUUUUUCGUGGUUUUGACGGGAAAAUGUUUAUGUGGUUUUGGCGAGAAAUGCGUUUUUGCGGUUUUGGUGCAAAAUACAUUUUUGCGAUUUUGAAGAGAAAUUUUUUUUUUUUUUGUUUUAGCGAGAAAACACGUUUUUGCUUUCUUGGCGACAAAAAAUACAUUUUUUGGGUUUUGGCGGGAAACUUUAUUUUGCGAUUUUGACGGGAAUGUGCAUUUUCGUGCGGGAAGUUCGCUUUUGGGAUUUUGCGAAAAAAUGCGUUUUUGCGGUUUUAGUGAAAAAUGCAUUUUUGUGGUUUUGGUGGAGAAAUGUAUUUUUACGUUUUGGUGGAAAAUAUGUAUUUGUGGUUUUGACCUAAAAAUGUAUUUUUUUUUGUUUUGGCGAAAAUGUGUUUUUGCAAUUUUGGGAAAACAUAUAAUUUUUAAAGUUUCUUUUUUUUUUUGAAACUGGCUUCAAUUUUUAAAGUUUCUUGAGAAUCUAUAUCAUAAUCAUUUGUUUGGCUAAACUUGAAUAUAAAUAUUUAUUAGAAUAAGGCUAAAUUUGUCAUUUGUUAUUUUGGAAAGGUUCAUCUCUUAUUAUAUUCACCAAUUAAACUCAUAUGGAUAAACCAUUUGGAUGAGUUUCAUUUUAGGCUACAAUUUUAAAACUCAUCUGGAUGGAUCAUUUGGAUGAUGCUCAUUUUAACACUAAACGAACAUCAAUUCUCAUCUUUAUCCAUCUGGAUGGACAAACGAACAACCCUCUCUUAAAUUUUCAAGGAAGACUUAAAUAUGUACGUAAUUUAUGUGUAAUUGUAUUACUGGAUUGUGUUUACUUCACAUUUAUCUGUAUGUAUUAUUAUUCCACAUAGGUCGGAUCUGAUUAGCUAGUUUAGUUGUUUUUUGGAUUGGCAAAUCUUUUUUUCAAUAAACGAGGCUAGUAUUUUAUCUGAUCUAUUUCAAUUCUAUCACUAGAAAUUAUUUGAUAUGUUCAAAUUUAAAUAACGUGAUAGAUUCACUUUCUCAUAUGCAACGCUCUAAGGGUAGCAGACGGACUAGUUGAUCUUAUACAUGGCUGUAAGUGUACUAAUGAGUUUCAGAGCUUGAAGCGGUUGUGAUUCCUUUUGUUCUUUGUUUUCCAUAGCUCACAUAUCACCGAUUGGCAUAUGCCACAUCAUAACCCAUUAAUUUCAUAACAAUGAAGAAGACAUUGGACAAUUGCAGUACAUAAUUAUGUGUCUAUGUGGACUUUUGAUCACUUCGUGCAAGAUUGUAUGUCCUUAUAUUUUGAGUCUGGGGCACAUGUGUGAUGCCGAAUGUGCUGAAACGAUCAUUGCAUCUUUAAAAUUCCUUCAUAUAUAUGCACAUACCAUUAUUUGAAAUCAUCUUCACCAAUUCAAACAAUUUGCCAAAAAAAUUAUGUGUAGUUGUUGGAAAGUUAUCAUCCAUUCUAUUUCCCAAAUGUGAGCUUCAAAUUCUGAAUGCAAAUGUGUGAGGGUAGAUCAUGUAUUCCUUGCCCCCUUCAAAACCUCAAAACCUUCGAGCAUGAUGUACCAUCCUUGUCAUGAAAACUGUCCAUUUUCUUUCCAUGACCCAUCCGUACACCAUUUUUUUAUUCUAGAUUUUUGUACUCGUGUUUCCUCCUCCACAUGUCAUAUGAUUGUAUUUUUCUGUGGAAUGCCCCUAUAUGUUCUUUAUUCCAUAAUGUUGAUUUUGUCUGUACUAAUUACAUUGUGUCUCAGGGAUUUAUGUCGACGUUGUUAUCUAGUUUAAAUUUAUACCCUCCCAAAUAUAUCAUAAAUUCAUGCAAAAUGUUGAUCAUCCAAGUGUGAUGAAAUUCUCCAAAAUAGUCAUAUUAGUGAAAGAACGAAAGUGAAUGAAAUCUGUCCGAAUUUGUUGGAAUUUUUGACAAAGCCCAUACUUGUCGCUGAUGGACAUCUGAAAAGGACAUGAUUAGUUUUUUCCUCAUCUACUCCACAUCGUGCACACUGUGUGUUGCCACUUAUCUUCUCGACUUUAAGGUUUUUAUUCAUUGCUAAAAAUCUGAGGUGAUUUGCCAUAAGAAAUAUUUGAAUUUUAGUAUACAUCUAAUAUUACAAAAGAAGGUAUGUAAAGAUUUGACAACUGGACGAUAAAACAUAUCAUUUUUAAACUGAUCUGGUACAUAUGCUCAAUGUGAUAAUAAGACUUGACCGUAUACUUUCUUGAUUUUAUGAAAUACUAUCCAUCUUCAUAUGAUGUAAGGAAUUUGUAUAGUGAUAUAUUCUUGAUGAUUUUCACAUCCGAAGGCUCAACCAAAGCUUGGAUCACUAGAGUUUUGCCUUACAUUCUUGCUGGGUCAAUGAGCUGAUUACGUAAGAGUAGAAUAAAAGAUGUUUGAUUGUUUUUUUUACUGGUCUCCGACGAUUGGAUGGGAUCCAGAGUUAUUCCAUACUGAAAUAGGUGAUCUUCUUUUCACCCUUUGAUUAGUCAUUUGUUAACCAGAAACUAGCUGAUAUAAUAUUACGCAAUUGUAUGAUGACGAGUAUAAUCUUAUUGGUUCUAUACAUUUCUUUGAAAACUCGAGCAAAUAAUGGAUUGAUUUCUCAAAUAAUCUCCAAAACUAUUUUCCUAGUAUAAGUGUACUAAAAUCCGUCAAAGCUAUGAAACCUAGUCUUCACUCUUCUUUAGUUUUACAUAGCUUAUCCAAAGAACAAAAUGCAUACCUUUUCCAUUUCUCUUUGAGCUCCACCAGAAUUGAGAUACUAUGUUUGUUAAUUUUGUCAUCACUUCGAAAGCCAAAAACAAGACAUAUGAUUCGGUAACGCCAUUGCAACUGAUUUGAUAAAUACCUAUUUACCUCCUUUUGUUAGGAAAUUAACCAUUCAUCCAUUUACUUGACCAAGAAGUCUAUCCUUUAAAAAACCAAAAAAUUGCGUUCUUGAACCCCCAAUUUUUUUUGGGAUCCCUAGUUAUCUACCAAUUUCUCCUACUGUUCGACUCUCUACUAUGUCAUGCAUUUCUUUAUGAGUAGACCCAUGAAUCAUGUGCCAGAAUGGUAGAGCAGAUUUGGUAAAAUUAGUUUAUUGAUCAGACACCGAUUCAUACUUCUUUAUUUUUUCUUAGAAUAGUCUCACAUUCCUAUUUAUUUGCUUUGCAGAAAAAGGAUGUCCUAUGCAAAUAGUAGAUGACAUAUCGUGGGGCACACUCUUGCCACCUUAAAACUUGUUAAUAUUUUUUGCUCUUUCUGCUUUCCAUAUAUUUGAGAUCAUUAUUUAUAUACAUAAUAAAAUUUUAGAAAGAUGAGGGAUAUGCUUGUCUUAUUCCGCUAUGUGGGUUGGUGUUUCCUUAAAUUUGCCAACGUGUUCGUUCUAUCAUCCACAAAAUCUAUUGCAGUGCAAACUCCAUCGUCUCAAACAAUAUCUGAAUGAACGCUCUUUCAAUCAUAUCAUAAGCAUUACCCAUGUCUGUUUUUACUGUCAUAUAUUAAUUCUGAGAUGAAUUAUUUUUCUUUAGCCCUAGCACAUUUAAUGUGCUAUCAAUAUACUAUCUGAAAUCAACCGUCCUGCCAAAAAUGAUGAUUGGGUUCCCGAUAUUAACAUCAGUAGACAGUGCUUAAGUAUUCGGCACAUAACAUUUCAAAUAUUCUUGUAUCACACAUUAAAAAGACUAAUCGGUCUUAAUUUUGUCAUCUUAGUUGGUCACUUCGUUUUAGGGAUCAAUCAAAUAUAUUUUUUGUGUUCAACCUAGCUAGCUUCUAUCUUUUAUAUCUGCAUGAAUGUAUUUACAAUUCAAUAGAGUAUGCCUUUAUGUGCCAAAAAUGUUGAAAAAUAAAGCUGUCAUCCCAAUGCUUUUUCUGUGUGCAUCAUGAAUAAUGUCCUUUGAAUUUCUUCAUGUUUCACUGCCGCUGUAAGUUGACAAUUCAUUUGAUCGAUUUAGUUGAUAGUAUUUCAUGUAAGCAAGCCUCAAAAAUUUUAGGAUUAGAAAGGUGAAUAAAUCUUUAAUGUAGCUGAAUCAUAAAUUAAACAUGAAUAUUACUAACCUCACAAUCAUAAACAAUUAAAUUAUAAAUUUUAUCCAAUAUCCACAAUAUUGACAAAUACAUGUGAAUUAACAAGAAAAUUGUAAAAAUUCCUUUUAAACUUGGAGAAAUGCAAUUUUAUUGAAAUUAAACGAACAAAGGUUCUUGAGAAGUCUUAUCAUAGAAGACUUCUUGAGAAGUCGUUUAGGUUAUUUUACAAUUUUAAAUUUACACAAAAACAAAAAUAUACUUUAUAUUGUUUGGAAUUAAAACUUAUACAACUAAAAUAUAACAAAAUUAUAUAAUCAUGAUCAUAAUGAUUUUGAAUUUAUAUUUUAUUUGGUUUUGACACACACAACAAAAAAAUAUAUCAAAAAUUUAAUGAUAUCUUACUCUUUAGAGAGACAAAUAAACGAUGAAAAAAAAUACAAUUUUAAGCUAAAUAAUAAGAAGACAAUUACAUUAAGUUGAAUCUAUAGUUUUAUUCAAAAAAUAGAAAAACUUCAAAAUAUGUCCUCAUAUCUAAAAAAUUAAAUAUCCAAAACAUUAAAAUUGGUUCAAAACAGAAAAAAAAAUCAAAAUAGAACCUUUUUAUAUGUUUGAAUAAUAAACAAAACAAUCACAUGAGGUUGAAUCUAAGGUUUUUUCGAAUCUAACACAAAAACACACACAAAAUGUAUACCCAAAGUUUAUAUAUUUACCUUUUUAAGAGUGGAAAAUGAAAUCAUGUAAUGAAAAACCUGUAAAAACAAGAUAAAGUGGUGAGAAAAACAUGAGAUAAAGAUUAGAAACUGAUCUAAGUUUGGUGUCUUCAAAUUCAAAUAAAUUAGAGAGGGGUUAGACAAUUUUAGAGUGGGAAAGAGAGAGAAUGUAUAAAUUUUAUUUAUAUAAAAAACAAAAUUUCAAUUAAGUUAAAAAGUCCGAAGUAGAAAACUUCUCACGAAGUCUACUAGUGUAUUACAAUUUAUUAGGCUUCUCAAGAAGUUUGCUAUUGCAUUACAGUUUAUAGACUUUCAGAAGUCUCCUAACCAUAAAUUUAUGUAACGUUCUAAAGGUUUUCUAAAGAAGUUUGCUAGUACAUAACUUCUUGGUAAGAAGUCUUCUACCCAUAAACUCUAAAUCAGAUAUUUUAAGUAGAUAACAAUACACACUUUUUUUUUAACACAUAACAAUACACACUUCUUAAACACAAAAUCUACUUAUAAAUUUUUUAAUAUAUACAAUACUAAACACUUAUAUGUCAAAUUUUAGUUUAAGAUUCAGUUCAAAAAAAAUAUUUAGGAUUCUAAAAUUUAAUCCUAAGAAUACAGACAUUGCUUGAACAUAUGCUAUCAAACUCUUACUAAUGUACAAUCGUUACAUACAAUAUAUAUUCACUCAUCUAUGUGGGAAAAAAAUUAAUUUUGUUAAAUUUAAAUUUAUAUGAUUUAGAAUACUUAUAUUUACAUGGUCUCAAUUUAUUCUCCAUCGAAAUAUUUUUCUUAAUUUUAUAAAUCUAAUCUAUUAAUUUAGGGUCCUACUUUAUAUCUAGCAUACAAAAGUUUAUGCUAGACAAUUAAUUAGAAAUUUAACUAAAUCUCUUAAAUUUCCUCAUAUAUGAUAUUUUCUUAACAAGAAAAAUAAACAAUAUACAUCUAAAGAAUAACAUUCCUAAGAAAAGCUAAAUAUAUAUCCAUUGUGCUAUUAUUUUUUCUUGUUUAUCAUAUUUAAUCUAGACCAAUUUUUAUAUAUAUUUCAGUAGUUAAUUUUAAAAUUAAUAGUAUAUCCCAAUUAUUUUUGAAAUUAUCAUAUUAAAUUUUUUACAAAAAAAAAUUAAUAAUAUUUAUUGGUUUAUUUCUGUAGUAAAAAUAAAAACACCAAAAUGAAAUAUAAUAUAUUAAAUAAAAUAUUAUUUAAAACUAUAAUAUUAAAACAUUUAUUUUGGUCACAUACAAACAUUUCAAGAAUAAAAAACUUUUAUACAAAACAUAAUAAAUUUUGUAAUAAUUUAAAUUAAACUAAAGUUUAAAAUUAAACUAAUAAUAUGACAUUGCAUUUUUAAAUAAAAAAAAAAAAAAGUAAUUAAUA